CUUCUGCACUCCUUGUACAUUCCGCGGCUACAUCAACAUCAUGUCAUCUCUUGAGCAUAUUCUUGCCUCGAACGCACUCAUCGGUCCAGAUGACGUGCCCAAAACAGCGGUCUUUGUCGGAGCUACCGAUGGCAUCGGGAAGGCUACCUUGCAAACUCUCGUCUCCAAAGGGUUCCAGAUGAAGAUCUACAUCGUUGGACGCAACAAAGCUUCACACCAAGGUCUAUUGGAAGAUCUUGCUAGAAAUAAUCCUCGAGUAACUCUCAUCUUCAUUGAAGGUCAAAUAUCGCUGGUAGCAGACGCACAGCGCAUCGCCAGUCAAAUUGCAGCCCAGGAAGAUCGCGUAGAUCUGCUCUUCUUAUCAUCUGGCUAUUUGCCGUUCACUGGACCUCAAGAGACUCCCGAGGGCCUAGAGGCUUCUCAGGUGGUGUCCUACUACAGCCAUGUAGUCUUCGUGCUACGUCUUCUACAACAGCUGCGUAGAGCCAGUGUAAGAAGGCCUGCACGCGUUUUGAACAUCCUGGCUGCUGGAGAAGAGUCUAUGGAUCUCUACCUCGACGAUUUGACUCUCAAGAAACCUGAACACUUCAAUGUGCCUGCCUACGCUAAGCACGCUGCAACUUCAGUUACUCUCACGCUGAAGCGCAUUGCAGAAGAAAAAGAAAACAGUAACAUAGUCUUCAUUCACGCGCACCCCGGCAUGGUCUCCACCAAGAUAUUCCAAAAGAGCUGGGGCGAUAAGUACGAUCCCGACACUGCUCAUUUUCCAAUGCCUACUCGGCAUAUCUUUCAGUGUACCCCUGAGCAGGCCGGUGAGCGUUGUCUGUAUCUGGCUACAAGUGCAGAAUACGGUGGCGUCGGUGUUGCCCUGCAGCAUGGCAGGCAGGAAGCCAGGACUAUGGCGCAUGUGAGCAAGCAUUCACUGUUUGCUAUCAGUGAUAGAAUGGAAUAUCUCCAGCCCGAUGAGCUGCUGGCUGAGUUGCAGAAGUUGGGAGCGCCUGAGGUGAUUUGGGCCCAUACCAUGGACGUCCUAGAAACUCAUGGGGGAGUUGACUGAGAAAGUAGUCGUAUGUAUACAGCAGUGCAAAGCGUAAG